CCUAUUAGAGCUGACCCAGAGAGCGUGCAAUCAGAGAAGGUGUGUAACUAAAGCCUCAGUGUUGGCAGGUAAGAGGAGCUCCACUAUCCUGUAGGCACGGGGGGGGGGUGCUCUGGUUACAUUCGGUCUGUGUGUGUGUGUGUGUGUGUGUGUGUGUGCAUUGUUUCAAAGAGCAGAGUUGAGAAAAAAAAGGAGAGAGAAAGGCAAGAUCUCACACCCAUGCCAGCAUGGAGAAAGGUAGAAAAGGUGAAAGGGAGGCUUAACAUGACAAAGACCGGCAUGCUUUGGUUGCCAUAGGUUGCGAUGGACGCCUUAUGUUCGGGGGAAGGAACGAGGAUGUUCUUCUUCGCUGAUCAAACCUCGGGACUUCAAGGAGACGCGACGACGAGUUAUUAGGACGCAAAGAAACCGCAAGGUCAGAAAAUGAUCAGGAUGAGAGGCCAAUACUGGGAAGUCCCGUCUCGGGAUACCUUGCGAUUGAGACCUCAGGUGUGAAGAAUAAGUGGAGCAAGGAGGAGAUCGAGGCUGGACGGGGGGAGGUCAGCCUGAAGAAGAGGAGAUAAGCAGUUGGGAGCAAAAUUAAAGAGAGACGGACGACGAGCUCAAUACUGAGGAGAGAUCAAGGUUGCCGUUCCUAUUCCUACCGUCUUGCUGCAAGGAGCAGCAAGGAGCAGUAAGGAACAGCAAGGAGCGCUGCGAGGAGAAAAGACGGCAGGAAUUACAACGGGUCAGUUGGUGGAAGAAGCCUCUUAAAUCUGGGCUAGCUACAGAAACUGCUAGGGAGGAAGCCACAAAACCACAGUCAAGAUGCCCUCUAAUGGAACUCUUUCACCUUUAAAGCUUCAGUUUGGAAUGAUCAAUCAUGAAGGUCGCUACCUCACUGCUGAGACUUUUGGCUUCAAGGUACAACACGCUGAUUAUUACGGACAAACUUGUGGGUUUGUGUAAAACUACACAAGUCUUUGUGUCUCAGGUCAAUGCAUCAGCUCCAAGCAUGAAGAAGAAGCAGAUGUGGACUCUGGAGCAAGACCCCCAGGACACGCAGGUGGUCUACCUGCGCAGCCACCUGAGACGCUACCUCGCGUCUGACAAGGACGGCAAAGUCACCUGCGAUGCAGACGGCCGAAACUCUGAUUGCCGUUUCCUCAUCGUGGCGCAGUCGGACGGUCGCUGGGCCCUGCAAUCCGAGCGGCACCUCCGUUUCUUCGGCGGCUCCAGGGACUACCUGUCCUGCUUCGCUCAAGUCAUCACCGAUGCCGAGCUGUGGGUGGUGCAUCUGGCUCUGCACCCGCAAGCUAACCUGCUGUCAGUGGCCCGCAAGCGCUACGCUCAUCUCUCCAUGGAGGACGGCGAGAUCGCCGUGGAUGUGAAUAUUCCUUGGGGGGUGGCUGCGCUACUGACCCUCGUCUACUUGAACGGGAAGUACUGCCUUAAGACCUGCGACAGCCGCUUCCUCAGCAAUGAUGGGAAGCUUGUGAAGGACAUCAGCAGGUCCACGGCGUACAUAUUGGAGCUCAUGUGCGGUAAGCUGGCUUUUAAAGACUGUGAGGGAAAGUACUUGUCUCCCAUGGGCCCUACAGGCACCUUGAGGUCAGGACGGUGCUCCAAGCCCGGGAAGGAUGAACUGUUUGACCUGGAGGAGAGCCACCCACAGGUGGUUCUGAUGGCGGCCAAUGGGAAAUAUGUUUCCAUGAGGCAAGGAGUGAGCCUCUCUGCCAACCAGGAAGACGAAACGGACAUGGAGAUAUUUCAGAUGGAAAUCGACAAGGAGAGCAGCAAGUGCACAUUUCGCACCAGCCAGGGGAACUACUGGAGUCUGGUGGCCCACGGAGGCAUCCAGACUACAGCCACGGAAGUUUCAGCAAACACAAUGUUUGCUAUGGAGUGGAUCGGUCACAAGGUGGCGAUAAAGGCCAACAAUGGGAAAUACAUCUGCACCAAGAAGAAUGGGCAUUUAUUAGCUGUCAGUGACUCCAUAGGCGAGGACGAACAGCUCAGUGUGAAACUUAUCAACCGGCCCAUGUUGAUCCUGAGAGGGGAGAAUGGUUUCAUCUGCCACCACAAGAACUCCAACACUUUGGAUGCCAGCAGAUCUGUUUAUGACAUUUUCAGUCUGCAAUUCAGCAAUGGCGCCUAUCAUAUUAAAGGCGUGACUGGUCGCUUCUGGUACGUCAACAGUGCUGGCCUGGUGUGUUCAGACGGUGAAGUCCCAGAAGAUUUUAGUCUGGAGCUCCUGGAGCGAGGCCGUCUCGCCAUCCGGGGCAAGAACGGCCAGUAUCUGCGUGGAGACCAGGGAGGCACGCUUAAAGCGGAUGGACUCAAUCUGAGCAGCUCGGCAUUGUGGGAGUAUUAAUGCAGCAACAACAACAACAAAAUAUUACAUACCUGCGGCCUUGCUGUUGUCAAAGAGACGUUUUCCAUUCAUAAUGUGAACUUUGAAGGACUUUUUUUUUACUGCAAUUUGAUAGUCAUUCAAAGAGUUGUCUGAUUUCGGUUAGGGAUUUGAAUGUCUCCUUGCCUUUCUUCCUUUCGGAAAUAAAGUGGUGCUUUAGUAAAUGACUUGUCACUCACGGUUGUGUCAUUUAAGACAUAGUCACCAUUAAGGGGGACUGGAUGUCAGCUUUUAGACGUAGCCCCUCAUUAGUGUGGUACAGGGAGUUUAUUAACAGAUGAGGUCAGGUUUCUACUGUCCACUUCAUCCUAGCGGUUUGUUUCUGUAACACGAAACAAUGGAUGCACUGUGAAUACAUUUAUAGUG